AUGUCUGAGGUAGCUGAUCCUGCAGAAGUGCAAUAUGAUGAUAAGGAUAAUUGUAGGUGGAUCUUUAAACCAAGGGGAUUGCACAUCACAUGGAGUGAGAACCCAAGUUAUUGGAGGAUGCCUGAGAUAGGGACGGAUGGUCCUGCGGAGUUGCAGAAUGUAUGGUGGCUUGAAAUAUUCGGUUCAACGCCGGAACCCCUAUCCGAAGGGGAGAGGUAUGCACUGAGCUUCAAAAUAUCUUUGUCGGGACAUAAUUUUGGUUGGGAAAACGCUCCUGCUUACAUGCUGGCUAAGGUAGGGAAGAAAGGAAGGGCCAACUGGGCAAAAAUCAAUAUAGCAGAUAUGAACGUAGGCAACGUAAUGGAAAUUCCUGACGGCAAGCUUCAAUUUGAAGUUCCAAAACAUGCUGAAGAUACCACACUCCACUUUGGAUUAUACGAAUUGUGGAGUGGAAGACCGAAGGGAGGCUUAAGAGUUCAUGAGGCUGUAGUUGAAAAGAUGCCUGUUCAAUCAAUCACUCUCGAACAUAUUGAUGAGGAGAUAAAAGUUAUUUCCAUUUCCCUGGAUAUAAAAGGCUCAAUAAGGGUUCAUAUACAUCAUGGCAGUCUGUCAAAACUAAUAAUCUAUAGACUUUUAUUUGCUCUCAAGAUGUCUGAGGCAGCUGGUCGUGCAGAAGUGGAAUCUGAUAAGGUUGGACAUGUUCUUCCGGCUAUUUCAAAUAAAUGCAGGUGGAGCUUUAAACCAAGGGAAUUGCACAUCACAUGGAGUGAGAACCCAAGUUAUUGGAAGAUGCCUGAGAAAGGGACGGAUGGUCCUGCUGAGUUGCAGCGGAAUUAUGGUUGGCAUAACAUUCCUGCUUACAUGAUGGCUAAGGUAGGGAAGAAAGGAAUUGCCAAAUGGGCAAAAAUCAAUAUAGCAGAUAUGACAGUAGACAACGAAAUGGAAGUUCCUUACGGCAAGCUUCGGUUUGAAGUUCCGAAAUAUGCUGAAGACACCAUACUAAAUUUUGGAUUAUACGAAUUGUGGACUGGAAAAUGGAAGGGAGGUUUACUAAUUCAUGAGGCUGUAGUUGAAAAGAUGCCAGAUUGA